AUGAGAGAAGGUGGAGAUAACAUGGCAUUAAAAUUAAAAGGAGUUGUCGGAUAUAAGGGUCGUCAAAACGAUGUCAUUUACUGUCACCCGUUGGAAAAAACGGAAAGAACGGCGGCCGUCAUUUAUUUCGGAGGAGAUAUACAGGAUUUUAGGGAAAACAUGCAGUCGACGGUUGAAAAAUCAAAUAAAAAAGGUACCGUAGACGAAGAUAAUAAAAACUGUUUGAAAUGGAAUUUAGAUCACGUGGCCACAUUAUUAGGUUCAUCGUUUCCGACGAGUCACAUAAUUGUCGUGCGACCAGCGAGGAUGGAAUUUAGAAUGUUUAGUUGUUUUGAUAAUUUCGUACCGUCUAAUAAUUGCGGUGUACCUGAACACACUCCGACUCAUUACGCACUUCAUCACCUCGAAGAACUAUUAAAAUGUAUAUCGGACAGAGUGAGAACUAAAAAAAGGCCCGUGGAUGAUUCUGCUUUGGAAGACGGUGAAAUUAUGGGGAGUCCCGAACAGGGGGAAUGGUGGAGUCAAGAUUUAGAUUUGGAUAUGUGUAAUUUAACUCUAAUAGGUUUUAGCAAGGGAUGCGUAGUUUUAAAUCAGUUCAUUUACGAAUUUCAUUAUUUAAAAACACUCACCCCGGACAACGAGAUACUAGGAAGAUUCGUCGACAGGAUAACCGACAUGUAUUGGUUGGACGGCGGUCAUCCCGGUCACAAAAACACUUGGAUAACGUCGAGGUGUCUUUUGGAAACGUUGUCCAGAUUAGGAAUAAAAAUUCACGUUCACGUGACUCCAUAUCAAGUGAGAGACGAAAGGAGAGCCUGGAUCGGAAACGAACAGAAAAUGUUUUCGGAAUUGUUACGAGCCGCGGGGGCGGAAAUAGAAGAAUCGAUACAUUUCGAAAACGAAACGCCAACGCUCCAGAAUCAUUUUCAAGUGCUCACGGCUUUUAGAUUACAUUGA